AUGUCUUUUCUAAAAAGAGAAAAAUUGACAAGACCAACAAGGUGGAGUCCAACCCCAGAACAACUUAUGUUCUUAGAAGAAAUGUAUAGGAAAGGUUUAAGGAAUCCAAAUGCUACUCAAAUACAAAAUAUUACUGCCCAUUUAUCUUCUUAUGGAAAAAUUGAAGGGAAAAAUGUGUUUUAUUGGUUUCAAAACCACAAAGCUAGAGAUAGACAGAAGCUUAAGAAAAAACUCCUUGCCCAAAUGAACCAACAACAAAUUUUUCCUCAAUAUCCUGUUGAUGCACAUAGUACAACCACCACAAGCACCAACACAAACAACCUUUUUCAUUGCCCUACUGAUCACUACUCUCAUAAUUCUUCAUCUGUUGUGAACCAAAUAUGUCCUAUUAGCUCUACUGGACUUCUUCAAGAGGGUGGAAUCAAAGAUGCAUCAUCUCGAGUAAUGACUUACCUAUAUCCAAUGGAUAUUUCAAGACCAGUUGAGAAUAUGGAAAAUUGCAUGAUAAGACCAUAUGGAAAAGAUUGGGUUUUGAUGAUGAACAUUAGCCCAAAUACUUUACCUUGUUGUAUCAAUAAACCCCUCAAAACCCUACCACUUUUUCCCAUAACUGAAACCAAUGGCCUCAAGGAACAUAUCAGUACAACAUCUUCCACUUUAAGUCUAUCAUUUUCAAGUUAA